ACCUGUUGCCUUGCCCCUACACCAUCCAAGAGGAGAGAAGACCACCAAAAUAAACUUGACCACUUCGCCUCUCUCUCUCUCUCUCUCCAGCCUGGAAGCCUCUUCUCUCUCUAAGACCCCAUUUCUUGGAAGCUCACUGCCCCCAACCAGGCAGAGCCAUGGAAGACGCCAGCAGGGGAGAAGAAGAAAAUUCGAUGUUCGAGACCAGCCACGUCCUCGGCGCGCUGCUCGCCUCCUCGCCGCUGCUGGCGCGGGCGUGGGACCGGUGCGCGGCCGCGGCCGACGGCGGCGCGUCGUCGCUGGGGUUCGUGCACGGCGGCGGCGGGGGAGGGGAAGGGGAGCCGGUGUGCGUGGCGUUCUCCGGGGUGCAGGCGGCGCUGUCGGCGGCGGCGGGCGGCGGCGGGGGCGCCGAGAUCUUCAAGCCGGUCGGGCUCCGCGGGGACGCCGCCGGGCGGCUGUUCGCGCCGCUGGUCGCCGCCGAGCCGGAGGACGCCGGCGGGGAGCCGGUCGCCGUGCAGGCGCUGGCGCUGCAGGGGUUCUUGAGGCUGUGCAGAUCCCCUGAAUUCCAGGUGCUGCUGAACCAGAUCAGAGGCAAGGCAGUAGUGUUCACUGGCCACUCCCUCGGUGGUGCCAUUGCUGCCCUUGUGGCGCUGCACUACCUUUGCACAUCAUCGUCAAGCUCAGCAUUUGCCCCUGCUCCUCCGGUGCUUUGUGUCACAUUCGGGAGCCCGCUGCUUGGCAAUCAGGCCCUGUCUAGGGCUAUCCUGCGUGAGCGGUGGGCCGGCAACUUCUGCCAUGUGGUCUCACAGCAUGAUGUUGUCCCAAGGCUCCUCUUCUGCCCACUCAAUGUCAUCCCUGUGCACAUUGUUGUUGGUAUGCAGCUGCACCAGUUGCCGGUGCGCGCGCGCCGUGCAGCCGGUGUGGUGGCCACGGUCACUGCCCGCAUGGCUGACACCAACCAGGAGUCGCUGCGGCAGCUGAUCCAAGAGCACGCCGGUGAGGCAGCAAUUGAGCAGAAGCUUGCUGCUCCGGAAAUACCCAGUGGGAGCCCAUACCGGCCUUUUGGGGCGUAUGUCCUGUGCUCUCCGGAUGGUGCGGCGUGUGUCGACAAUCCAACAGCAGCGGUUCAGAUGCUAUAUGCAACAUUUGCUGCAAGGCGUGCUCCAGAGACAGGCGCGGUGCCACCUGAGGCUGCACACUCCUGCUACGGUGACCUCGUGCUGAGCAUGCCGCACCACUUGCUGCUCAAGAGGCGCCUUGGUGCCACAGUCACCGCACCUGCCGCGUCCAACUACGACGUCGGCAUCUCCAUUGCACUGGAGGCAUCAGGUAUCACCGGUGAAGCUACAGAGGCAGCACCGGCACGGCAGUGGCUGAAGACGUCGAAGCGCGUGGGCCGGAGCCCGAGCCUGAACUGUGCGAGCCUCGCAACGCGGUUGGGACGGAUCACGCCGUGCCGAGCGCAGAUCGAGUGGUACAAGGCAUUGUUCGAUGCCAACACCGGGUAUUACGACGCAUUCAAGCAGCGGCUAUCACCUAAGAAGUUCAGCAAGGCCAACAUGUACCGCAUCAAGCUCGCACAGUUCUGGGAUGGCGUCCUCUCCAUGCUUGACACCAGCCAGCUCCCCUACGACUUCCACCGCCGUGCCAAGUGGGUCAACGCUGCCCACUUCUACCAGCUCCUUGUUGAGCCACUUGACAUUGCCGACUACCACCGAAACAACCUACACCGCACACGCGGCUCUUACAUCACCCAUGGCCGGGAGAGAAGGUAUGAGCUGUUCGACAAGUGGUGGAAACAGAAGGGCUGCACAGAUCCCAGCACUGGUGACACCUCUGCCACCACGACAGCGAGGAGGAGCAAGUUCGCUGGGCUAACGCAGGACCCGUGCUUCUGGGCGAGGGUGGAGGAAGCGCGCGAGCAGACAGAGAGUGCCAAGAGCGAACGCGACAUGACAUCGCUGGCGAGGAUGCUGGAGGACUUGCACAAGUUUGAGCGCCAUUCCAGCGAGCUGGUGGAGAACAAGGAGGUCUCCAUUGAUGUCGUUGCGCCACAGUCGAGCUACUCCCUGUGGGUGAAGGAGUGGAAUGAGCUCAAGCUCCGGGAAGAAGUUAGGACAAUAUUGUUUCAAUUUUGAAGUUGAAACACCUUAAGAAAAUUUAAUUAAUUAAUUAAUUAGUUAGUUUGUUGAGCAUUUGUCAUCUAGUUUAGGCACAGAUGAAUGAAUGUUAGCAACAUAAUAUAGGUGAUUGUAAAUAGAUUUAGUCCUGGUAGAGGCAUUGCAUUAUGAUGUAUCUGUUCUUCAUGUUGAAAUUUGCAAUAACUUGAAGCUGAUUCACUUCACUUCUGUCAAGAAUUUGCUUCAACCAAAUCUGUAUGACUCUGCAUGUUUUACCUUUAUGGAUAUCACCAAAUGUACAUAGUUUGAUGACA